AUGGACAGUAGUGAUUUUAAGGAGAAUUAUUUUAAGAAAGGAACUGUCCCUUCACUUGCUGUUGUUAAAGAGAAGCUUAAAAAGAUGUGUGGUGGUCCUGAUGGCUUAAGGAUGUGUGUUUUGUACUUUCUAGCAAGCGUGUUAGGUGGUAAGGCUAAGACUGGGAACGGAGCUCCCUCGGUAUACCCUUUUUUUUUUAGGAUUGUGGAAGAUCUCGAUGUGUGUAGAACAUUUCCUUGGGGGAGGUAUUCAUUUUAUGUGAAUCUCAAGAAAAUUGAUCAUACAUUGAGGCACUUCAAUGGGGUCGUUGAAACUGAUUCUUGGACAUUUCUUGGUUUUGUUACUCCCUUGGAGUUGCUACCUUUUGAUAUGAUCUUAGAUGAGGAUCAAGCCCUGGACUACUCUCCAACGGUUGCAAUCACAAGGUUAAGCGACUUGAUAGAUUGCGGAACGAAGUGA